AAAUCAUAACAGAUGAUGGCUGCAACUUCAGCUGAUUUUUUGAACGUUCCUCCAUACAGGAAAGCCAUCUGGAAUAACCAAACAAACCUAGCCAGAAACUUCUCAGCAAUCCAAAAUGGGAGCUGUCCCCUUGAUGACGACUCGUUAUCACUUGCUUUAAUACUUUUUUACAGCAUUAUUUUUAUCAUUGGACUGGCUGGAAAUAUUAUAGCACUCUUUGCUUUCCUCUGCAUUCAUCAGAAAAGGAAUUCUAUCCAAGUUUACUUACUAAAUGUAGCUGUUGCAGACCUUUUGCUGAUCUUCUGUCUUCCAUUCCGAAUACUGUAUCACAUUACUCAAAACACCUGGAAGUUUGGAUUGAUUUUGUGCAAGAUUGUAGGAACUCUCUUUUAUAUGAACAUGUACAUUAGCAUAGUAUUGUUGGGACUAAUUAGUCUAGAUCGUUAUAUAAAAAUAAAUAAGUCUGUGAAGCGUCCUAAAAUGUUAACUACCACACGAAGUAUAUAUAUUUGUUGCGUCGUAUGGGCACUUGCACUGACCGGAUUUAUAAUAGUGGUUGCACCAUCUUUCUCUAAAAGUGGAGAAAGCAAUUCUACUAUGUGCUUUCAUUACAGAAAUAAACACAAGGCAAAGACAGAAGCAAUUUUAAAUUAUAUUAUUGUUAUCAUUUUUUGGAUAGUUUUUUUCCUUUUGAUACUUUCAUAUGUUAAAAUUGCCAAGAACCUUCUGAAAAUUUCUAAGAAAAGAGCAAACUUCCCUAAUGCAGGAAAAUACACCCAGACAGCAAGGAAUUCUUUCAUUGUGCUGAUCAUUUUCACCAUAUGUUUUGUUCCUUAUCAUGUGUUCCGAUUCAUCUACAUUACCUCACAGUUACAAAAUCCAUCUUGCUAUUGGAAGGAGAUCAUUCACAAAUGCAAUGAGGUUAUGCUUAUAUUUUCAUCUUUUAACAGCUGCUUAGACCCAGUUAUGUACUUCCUAAUGUCUAGAAGUGUGCGUAAGACUGUGCUCCAACUUAUUUGUAGAAGACUUCAUGGGGAUUCAAGUGUAAAUUUAGACAGUACUUCAGAAAUGCAGCUUGGACAAUAUACUCAAGAGCGAUUAUCUACCAUCACUCCCUAUGCAAGUUCUGUAAAGAAGUCGUCUCUGAUUUGAUCGUUACAGUUAAUGGACAAAGGCUUCUCUUUGUCAUUUUAGAACAUC